AUGAUCUCAGGAGGCGGCGGCGGCGGAGGAGGAGUUAGCUCUUACUUGCUGCAGAGCCAGCAUGGCCAUGGUGGCGGCCUCGAUGGCGUGGACGGCGCGGCUUUCAUGGCAGAGCAGCCGCACUGCCAUGCGCUGCUCUACAACCUGUCCGUGCUCAAGGACAGGGUGCAGCAGCUGCACCCGCUCGUCGUCCUCGCCGUUGGCCAUAACGGCCCCCUCGACGUCUCCGGCGCCGACGCCAUCAUCCAGGAGAUCGUCGCGGCGGCCUCCUCGAUGAUGUACGCCUUCCAGCUGCUCUGCGACCUCGGCACCGCGCCAUCGGGGCCACCACAGGAGGGCGCCGCCGUCAAGACCAACGAUGAUCACCAUGGCGGUCAGAUGGUCACGGAUCAGGACGACCAUCUCAUGCAGUGGCAGCAGAACGGCAGCCAGCAUGAUUACAGCAGCCAUGCGCAUGCGCCUCCGGUCAUGUUCAGCGGCGGCGAGACGGCGGCGACGGACACGAUCAUAGAGCUGGACGCGGCGGAGCUGCUUGCCAAGUUCACGCACUACUGCCAGGUGUGCGGCAAGGGGUUCAAGCGCGACGCCAACCUGCGGAUGCACAUGCGCGCGCACGGCGACGAGUACAAGAGCAAGGCGGCGCUGUCGAACCCAGCCAAGGGAGGCGGAGAGGAGGGGGCGGCGGCGAGGAAGUACUCGUGCCCGCAGGAGGGGUGCCGGUGGAACAGGAGGCACGCCAAGUUCCAGCCGCUCAAGUCGGUGAUCUGCGCGAAGAACCACUACAAGCGCAGCCAUUGCCCCAAGAUGUACGUGUGCAACCGCUGCGGCCGCAAGCACUUCUCCGUCCUCUCCGACCUCCGCACCCACGAGAAGCACUGCGGCGACCACCGCUGGCUCUGCUCCUGCGGCACCUCCUUCUCCCGCAAGGACAAGCUCGUCGGCCACCUCGCCCUCUUCGCCGGCCACCAGCCCGUCAUGCCGCUCGACGCCAAGAGGCAGCGAUCUUCCGCGUCCGUCGCCGGAAACGUUGACGGCACCUCCGCCAUUGGCAUGGGCGCCGCCGCCUGAUCGAUGACAUUAAUUACUACCACUAACUGAUCAUUACAUACAUUGUUGCCAUCGCCUGCAAUUAAGAUCGUCUCUCUACAUUGUCCAUCGAUCAAAGGUCCGUUCAUUGCAGUGCAUGGCUUAGCUCAGCUGUAUAUGUAGAGAUCAAUAUCAGGGCAGCAAUUUCAGGCACUUUUAUCAGUUAGUUACUUAGUUCUAUAUACACUACAUUACCUUAUCAAAUGUGUGAUGAAAUACAUAUGUUUAGCUUGUAGCUAACUAGGGUCAUAUUACAGUAUAAUUACUACUAGCUUAAUAAUUAUCACGAAGAAACGAAGUGCAUGUCCCGGUAAUA